AUGCCUUCUCCACAGACCAUGACCAAGCAGGCCAAUUUGCGUAUGCCCGACCAUAAGUUUCAGAAGCCAGGUCAGAGUUCGGAGGAACAGUCAGACGAUGCAAAAGAAGAUGCAAAGUAUAAGGCUAUUGAUGUUAACAAAACUUUAUAUGGCUUGGAGAGGGCGGGGGAGCGGGAUCUUGCACUACCCGUCGCUGCCUCUACCCCACGGGAAACAGCAAGCACUAGCUAUGGCGCUCUCUGCACCUCCGGCGCAGAGAUGGAGCAAUCGGGCUGCGGCAGGUUGCCUGACUCAUAUACGAUCGUCGUUGUUAUCGUGAGCCAGUGUGUUCACAGCAAUGUCGUAGCCUCCACAAAGAUCGAGUCUCCAGUGCUGGCAUCGACGACUCGCAAGAGGAAAGCGACGCAGACCGAGUGUAACCUGCCAUACCGAAGUGCUGUUCCGGAAGUACGUGGUGUUCUGGGUGAUCUCAAGAGUUCACGCGGACGAAGCUUUGUUGUCAUAGGCCAUAUCCGGGUAUUGAUAGGGCAGGGUAUGGAGGAGAAGGCGCCAUAA